AUGGCCUUCCCAGUGUACAUUGCAAAGUGUCGGCAGUGUGGCAACACGCGUCAGACGUAUAACGACCCGCGACUCCGGCGUAGUGUGAUUGAGUGCAAGGCCGCUUGCUACGAGUCUCACUAUGAGUGGGAUUUUGUCGAGGAAUGCAAAGAAGAGGACGAUGUGGUGGGGAAGGAGGAGAAAUUGCGUGCCACCACAAGCAGCCUUGCACCUGCGCCUACUCCGAUCCCAGUCCAGGCGGCAGAGGCAGAAGCAAACGUGGCAGCGUUGGCGUUCAGUGAGAAUGCAACGAAGAGGAAUCGCGGAAAGCAACCGAAGCGCUGCAUUGUGACGUGA